UGUCCGCCAGACUGCCGAGCGCGCCGGGCCUCCCGCUUCCCCGCGCCUCGCUCGGCCUCGCCGCGUCCCGUGAUCGAACCAUACAAAACCUCUAGUUACCAUCCGUCGCGAGUGCAUUAUGACACUAGUGAGCUAGCGGGCCGCUGUGACGGUGUCAAUCAUUGAUGUGUAUGUGUUCACGUGCUAGUGUGUUGUGUUAGGUUGGGCCCGUGACGAAAAGCGUUCGUGGUGGCCAGCGGAGCCUUGCACCCGGGCUCGGGCCGAGCUUUCAUGGCUCAGCCUAGGUACGACGAAAGCCUCCACGGCGGGGGCUACAUGGAGGGUGGCGCGAUGUACCACGAACACAGACUGUCUCACCCGCACCUCCCGCCGGUCCACUACCCCCCUCCCGCGGCGCCUGCGCACGCGCUCCCCGGAGAGCCGCUCGUCCACAAGCGAGACAAAGACGCCAUUUACGGACACCCCCUGUUCCCUCUGUUGGCGCUGAUUUUUGAGAAGUGCGAGCUGGCCACAUGCACGCCGCGCGAUCCAGGAGUGGCCGGCGGCGACGUAUGCUCAUCCGAAUCCUUUAAUGAAGAUAUUGCAGUAUUCAGUAAACAGAUACGCCAGGAGAAACCUUACUACAUAGCGGACCCCGAGGUCGACUCAUUAAUGGUGCAAGCGAUACAAGUUCUACGGUUUCAUCUAUUAGAAUUAGAAAAAGUUCACGAGCUGUGUGACAACUUCUGCCACCGCUACAUCAGCUGCCUGAAGGGCAAGAUGCCGAUCGACCUGGUGAUCGACGAGCGGGAGUCGGCGCGCCCGCCGGACUCCAACGGCGAGCCGCGCUCCGCCCCGGACAGCAGCCACGACGGCGCCUCCACCCCCGAUGUCAGACCCCCAUCAUCGUCGCUGUCUUACGGCGGCGCGGUGAACGAUGACGUGCGCUCCCCGGGCUCCGGGGGCACGCCGGGCCCGCUCAGCCAGCCCCCGCCGCAGACACUCGACGCCACAGAUCCAGAUGCGUUGGGCAAAUGGUGCCCGUCGCGUCGCGAGUGGUCUUCCCCCCCUGAUGUGGCGCGGAGGGUGUACUCCUCAGUGUUCCUGGGCAGCCCCGGUGAGUACCCAGGGGACGCCAGCAACGCGAGUAUUGGUUCUGGCGAGGGUACGGGAGAGGAAGACGAUGACACCAACGGCAAGAAGAACCAGAAGAAGCGGGGCAUCUUCCCGAAGGUCGCCACCAACAUACUCCGGGCGUGGCUGUUUCAGCACUUAACGCAUCCAUACCCUUCGGAAGACCAAAAGAAACAAUUAGCACAGGAUACAGGGUUAACAAUACUACAAGUUAAUAAUUGGUUCAUUAACGCGAGACGUAGGAUAGUGCAGCCAAUGAUAGAUCAGUCAAAUAGAGCAGUGUUCUAUCCGUCAGUAUUCCCGCACGCGGGCCCCAGCGGCGCCUACAGCCCGGAGGCCACCAUGGGCUACAUGAUGGACGGCCAGCAGAUGAUGCACAGGCCGCCCACCGACCCCGCCUUCCACCAGGGCUACGCGCACUACCCCGCCGAGUACUACGGCCACCACCUCUAAUGCACCCUGCAUACUUGUACAUAUAUGAAUAACGUUGACAUCGCUCGGGCAGCGGGAUCCCCGCGCCCCGCGCCCUGCGCCCCCGCGCCAUCGCGCCCUCGCGCCCCCGCGCCCGCACUCGCCUAGGCCGACCAACGCCUGUGAUACUGGCACGUGAUAAUUACAGGAGAACGAUGCUACAUGUACAUAAAAAAAAAAACUAAAAUAAAAAAACGCGACAUUUUUGUAAUAUUUGAAACAGUAUACGAUCUCCUAAAAUUAAGUUUUGAAGUCAACUUUAAUGGUUAAAAUAAAAUGUAAAUGUAAAACGCGAAGUGACAUGGACGCUGAAACAUGACGGUGCAAUCACCUGUUAAUAAAUAACGGUUUUAUCACUCGGAACAAUAGGAGCAAAGUUGAUGAAUGUAACAAUAAUGUGGUUUGAUAGUUAUCGUAUAAAUAUUUAUAGCUAAUUGUGUAUUGUUAUUACGUAAAUAUAAAUAAAUAAUUGAAUAGUUGUGUAAGUUGUAACUAUCACAGUACUUGGGUCGCUGUCGACAGAAAGGUAAUAGAUAUGGGACUUUUUUUGUAAAGGAGUUGUAUUAAUAGGUUUUAGGUUUUGAAGCAAGUUUCUUUGUGAGGUGGGAGUGCUCGGGCUGGAUCCCGGCCGAGCCUGCGCCCGCGCAUGUCCUCGCGCCCGGCCCGAGCUCGAGCACGCCACUGCUCCAGGUGUAACUGUAAAUUUCGUUUACGUGUUGCUCUUACCUACCAACUAAUUUAUUAAUAAUUAUCAAGCUCAAAUUGUACAUCUAUUACGAAUGUCAAUUUCUUGAAAAUUAAUUGUCCGCGCGUUUAAUUUACAGAAAACAUUUUGAAUACAUAUCUUUGAAUUAUAUAUUUAUUGUAAUGAUAUUGUAUAUCGAAUAUCGUUUUUCACCUUGCCUUGGUGUUCGAUAAUGUAGCACAAUUUGUAACCGAUGUAUACGAAUCACAAAAUGAUAUUUUACAAUGUUAAAAAAAUGAGAUUUUUAGGUCUAUUUUUUGUCUUUGUGGAUGAUACCUGAUAUUGAUUGCCUUCUAUGUUACCAGGUGACCAUAAACUUUAAGAUGUGCAGAUUAAAAAAUAACUUGAAAAAAAAUAUUGAAGCCGUGUUCGGCGCGAGACGAGUCGUUUUAUUUAUUUUUUAAUCUGUAGACCUUUCACACACGUAAUAUUUAAAAUUGUGUGGUUUUCAUGACUGAUGAGAAUCUGUGAGCUUCUUAUAGAUUACAUAUUCUUGUUCCGUGGUCUUAAAAAUACUUUUUUUGCGUAAAUGUAAACGAAUUAUAAGAUUUACUAAUUAGAUCAGCCACGGAACUGCUCCGCUGCAAGUGUUCAAGGUACGUUAAGCGAGUAGCUGGAGUCACAUGAUGAUUCAAGGAAAUGGGAACUUUGAAGAGGUUAAAAGAUUCGGUAAAAAACAUCGGGAACUUUUAGGAAGAGACCCUGAAAGUGUGCAUAUAAAAAGAUAACGUGAUUGAUACUUGCAGUGGAGUAUAAUUAAUAUUGUUUCCAAUAUAUUCACGUGAACCAUUUGAAAGUAAUGCGACGCAUUACGGCCUUACGUCAUGUAUACGAACGGGAGAUAUAAAAUGUCAUAUUGGUCCUAGCUAUGGUAAACUUUGAUAGCGGAAUAAUUUAUCCGAGAAAAAGCUUUAUUAUAGGCUAAUUAAGACCACCAUAUUGUCUUGUAAAUUGCGAUACGAUUGUAGAGAUAUAUUUAAAAAAUAUAAUAAUAAUAUUUAAUUCUAAUUUCAAAUACAUAUUAGCGAAAUAGGAGAAGUUUAACGUUUGUUUUUGGAAUACGAGUUUUAAAAAUGGAAUAGUAAGGGUUUAAGAAGCUGUCACUUUGACAGUCGUAUCGCAACUUAGUGUCUCAUUUUUAGAAAAAAGUUUGUGAACUUUUGUAAAUAAUAAUCAUCAAAUAUUAUACAUAAUUACGUCAUUUUACUUUGUAUAGACAGUUUUCCCCAAUGAAGUCUCAGUAUUAAAUAAUUUGGAAAGAAAAUAUUUUUUUUCUCUUGCAACACCGGACUUUGUUGAUACACAAUUAUUAUUGUUAUUUGCAUUGCGUGUAAUAUAUUUUUAUUAAGAGGAAAAUCUUAAAUAGUAGUUGUUAGGUAUUAAUGUAUUAAUUGAAGAAUUUUAUUUUGAUUUUUCUCUUUAUUACAUAUGUAUAUGUACAUUAUAUAUAAUGAUUUGAAAGUCAUCAAGUUAUUGUAAAUAUAGCUACUAAAAUGGUGAACAUGAGCGUCGGUCAGCGGAACAUUUCAAUUUGAUGAGAAAAAUAUUAAUUAUAUAUUUGUAUUGUAUAAUUUCGGCGAGAUACAUAUUAUAAAUAAAAUAUACGAUUAAUAAUAAACUGGUUUAUAUAAUAGUAACUUCAGAUCGCUGACGGGCCGUUGUGAAGGACAUCUGACGAAACUGUGUCGGCAUUAUGAAUGCUACGAAUUGUGUAAAAAAUAUUAAAACCUAAAAAAAACA